AACUCUGUGUCCGGCCGGCCUGUAUCCACGAGGAGAGACAUGACGCCCACCGCAACCACUGCUCUGGUGCUCGCACUGACCCUUGCACACCAUGCCUCCCUUGCCGCCGCCGCCGGCCCCAGGGUCAUCAUCGUCGGCGCCGGCAUGUCCGGGAUCUCAGCGGGGAAGCGGCUGUCGGAGGCCGGGAUAACGGACCUGGUGAUCCUGGAGGCGACGGACCACCUCGGCGGGAGGAUGCGCAAGCACAACUUCGGCGGCGUCAGCGUGGAGAUCGGCGCCAACUGGGUGGAGGGCGUCAACGGCGGCAAGAUGAACCCCAUCUGGCCCCUCGUCAACUCCACGCUCAAGCUCAGGAACUUCCGCUCCGACUUCGACGGCCUCGCCGAGAACGUCUACAAGGAGACGGGCGGCGUCUACGACAGAGCGUACGUGCAGAAGAGACUCGACCGGGCGAACGAGGUGGAAGAGGGCGGCGCGAAGCUCUCCGCCAAGCUGCGGCCCAGCGGCCAGGAUGACAUGUCCAUCCUCGCCAUGCAACGCCUCAACAACCACUUGCCCAACGGGCCGGCGUCGCCGGUGGACAUGAUCCUGGACUACUUCAAGCACGACUACGAGUUCGCCGAGCCGCCGCGGGUGACCAGCCUGCAGAACGUGGUCCCUCUCGCCACCUUCCGCGACUUCGGGGACGACGUGUACUUCGUCGCCGACAAGCGCGGCUACGAGGCCGUCGUGCACCACCUCGCCGGCCAGUACCUCGAGGCCGACAAGGCCCGCAACAUCGUCGACCCCCGCCUUCAACUCAACAAGGUGGUGAGGGAGAUCUCCUACUCCGGGAGCGGCGUCACCGUGAGGACGGAGGACGACAAGGUGUACAAGGCAGACUACGUCAUGGUCUCCACCAGCGUGGGGGUCCUGCAGUCCGAUCUUAUACAGUUUAAGCCACGACUUCCUGCGUGGAAGGUUCUCUCCAUCUACCAGUUCGACAUGGCCGUGUACACCAAGAUCUUCGUCAAGUUCCCCCGGAAGUUCUGGCCCGAAGGGAAAGGGAGGGAGUUCUUCCUCUACGCCAGCAGCAGGAGAGGCUACUACGGAGUAUGGCAGGAGCUUGAGGCGCCGUACCCAGACGCCAACGUUCUCCUGGUCACCGUCACCGACGAGGAGUCGAGGCGGAUCGAGCAGCAGUCGGACAACCAGACCAAGGCGGAGAUCGUGGAGGUGCUGAGGAGCAUGUUCUCCGGCGAGGACGUCCCCGACGCGACGGACAUCCUCGUGCCACGGUGGUGGUCCGACAGGUUCUACAGGGGCACCUUCUCCAACUGGCCCAUCGGCGUCAACCGCUACGAAUACGACCAGCUCAGGGCACCGGUUGGGAGGGUUUAUUUCACAGGGGAGCACACCAGCGAGCACUACAAUGGUUAUGUCCAUGGAGCUUAUCUUUCAGGUAUUGACUCUGCAGAUAUUCUGAUCAAGUGUGCUCAUAAGAGAAUGUGCAAAUACCACAUCCCGGGCAAGUUUGACUAGAGAUUUAAGAGGCUAAGCACCAUAAAUAUAUGGUGUCUGUUCCAAUGAAAUCAAACGGAUGGACGUCAGUUAAGUGAUGGCAGACUACAUGUCUGCAUCUAUAUGGAGUAUAAGUUAGCUAGAGCAACCUCUUCGGGAGAUCGUCAUGUGUCUGUCACCACGCCAUCUUUUUGUGUUAAAUCAAUUGCUCAGACUGUAAGAUUCAAAAUAAAAUAAAAUUUGUUCAGACUGUAGACUCUUCUGAGGAGUGCUACUUGUGUUUUGUAAUCGGUGGGAUACUCAAGUUCUUAAGUUGAAUAAAAUCUUGCGUGAAUCCUCUA